AGUGCAGCACCGUCCGUGUUAUAGAAUAGAUGUCCUAGGAGCUCCCGGCAGAGGCAGAGGCCAGCAGAACUUUAAGAACUCGCUCGCCUGUUUUCGCUUGCUUGCUGGUUAGGCCACUCACGACUCAAGCUGACUCGGGCAGAAGCACAUUGGGCGUUUUUUGGCAAGACGUCCAGGUCUUCGGGGAUAAGAAAUUUCGGACUCACGGCCGGUGUUUGUUUGGUGCGUUCUUUUGUUGUUGUUGUUGUGUGUAUGAGUGCGCGCGUCCGUUACAAUUGACCAGGCGUGAAGUAGUUAGAGCACUUGUUUCGGGAUCACGGCUGAUCUCCUUUGCUUCCUCCUCCACGGCUUCGCUCGAUAUUUGGAAGAGAAAGGUUUCCGAGUUGUGUCCGUUUUUUUUGCCUGGCGUGUUUGUGCGCGGGUGUUCCAGAAGACUAACUAACGAACGAACGGACUAACUAAGUGGCAACCGGUGGUUGGCCUGGCCGUUCGUUGCUCGAAAGGGCUACCCAGAGAGUGAUCUUGAACUAGUUACCGGCUUUUUGAAGUGGUGGCUGAGUGAUGCAGCCAAGCGGAAACUAUUUGGCCAAACGAAUCGCGCAUAACUGAACCGAGCCAAGAGAGUAACUAAGUAGUUGCGGGUUUGCCAGUUCCGACUAGGGAAGAAAGCGUUCAGUUGGCAAGGUCGUGUGCUACCGAGAACUUGGCUUAUUACAGCUCGAUUCCGUAACAACCUGCAAGCUGCGUGUGGUCGGUGAAAGUUCUCAAAAGUUCAAAAUGUACCCUCAAGCGCUCGCAAACCAGCUUCCGAUCUACAAUGGCUACCAGGUGUUUGGUGUUUUGAAACACUUUCUUCAGAAAAAAGAAUAACCGAGAAUUUAGAAGCGUACCGUCUACCUUUAUUACUAAAUUAAUCCAGAAUUAAGUGUUAAUCUGCCUGAAAGCAGUCGAUAAUCUGUAACGAAUUAAGUGCUACUUUUUAAGUCUUUUCGCGUCGUUUUAAGUCGAAAAGAAGUGUAAAGAGGAACAACAACAUUGAACGGUCGGUCGGUCGGUCGAGGAAAUGUGCAAUUGAGCUGUGUCACGCACAAUUGCGAACGUCGCCCAACAGCAAAAGAUUUAGCAGGAUUCAACAGCAGAUCCGGCACAGUCUGUGCUUACGGUCAUCAACGUGUCGCGCUGCCAUAGGGAAGCGGAAAUCAACUCAACGAGAGCACACAUAACUUGAAAUUCAUUCUAAACCUACAACCUGCAACAGAAACGAGGGGCCAAUUCCAAUUAUUCAGUAGGAUGGAACAACUUGCUAAUUUGAUUGUUUGCUUUUUAAUGAUUUCAACCAUUGGUCAAGCCUACAGUUAUCCAGCGCCCAGUGAUAUACUAUCAGGAUCGGAAUUCCUGUCGCUUCUCAUGCAACCGGAAGGCCGAAACAGUGGAGGCAGUAUCGAUAGCUUUUAUUCCAGCUCAGAAGUUCAAAGGCCGUUAGUAUUUCGGGGGUCGCGAAAAUAUCAGGACAUAUUUCUGGAACAGAACGCAGAUGAAGACAACGAAGACAGCAUCCUCCCAAUUGAAGCACUCUUCACUUCACGACAGGAUUUGGGUCGAAGUCUCAGCAGAACUUUUGGUCACAGAACGAGAUAUAGAUCCAGAAAUGGAAAAUAUUCUUCAACGACAACCACAACAACUAGUACUACAACCACGACUACAGAGAUUCCAUCAGUGACAGAAGACUUGGAGGUGGCAGCCAGUGAGAUCAGUUUUCAAGUAGAAGAAGUUACAGAUGAGGAGCUACAAGGAAGCACUACGGUGAUAGCAACCACUAUGAGUGAGCUAGAGGAAGCAUCAACAGUAUCAGAGAGCACUACUUCACCGAUAAGCAAACAGCCUCAGGAGGCUACAACAGAACUACAGUCGUCAAUAUCAGAUGAACUGCUUCACUUGAACACCGAAGAGCGAUCUGUAGAUUCUAAAUCAUUCCUAAGUCGUCUGACGAUAGAAGAAAGCUCUCCUUCUAUUGGGUUGGAUGAUGUAGGCGGGUCAAAAAUAUCCGCUGGAAGUAUACAGACAGGAACAAAAAGUCCAGAUAGUAAUACCGGGCAACCUUUGCGCGGAAGAAUGCAAAGAAAGCAGGACACCGCAGUCCCUAGACAAACGGUUAUCUACCAUGAUAAGAAAACCGACAACGAUCAGCAUCACUCAGUUUCAUACAGUUAUAUGGGAGAAACGGCGCCAAAUUUAAAAACCUGGAAAGACAUUGAUCAAGAGUAUCUAGCAAACUCCAAGCAACCAUCGAAUGCAUCUGCAGAGAACCCCAUAUCUACAACUGUUGUACCAAAUUAUCAAGAACCAGCAAAAUUUUGGUCUGAGCCCGAGAAAAAUUACAGUGAACCAGCAAAAGUAUGGUCACAACCAGCAAGAAUCUACUCCGAGCCAGCUAAAUUCUACUCUGAACCAGCCAAGAUAUAUUCGGAACCAGCAAGAAUAUACUCGGAGCCGGCAAAGAUCUAUUCGAAACCAUCCAGCUAUUGGCAGACACUUUACGACAAUCCACCCAAGUCAUCGCCUUCCAGCACCGAAUCACCAUCGCAGAAACGUAUCGUCUUCAACGAGCUAGACAAAAUUCCUUACGAUGAAUUGAAUGCACCCGCAGAUGCAGGAAAUCCUAGUUCUAUCCAUAACGCUAUCGGCAAGUUUAUUCCCAAGCAGCCUCAACAACAGCAGGUUAAGAAAAUUUCCUCCAAACCGACGCCUGAUCCUACCGAAAUCGUCGAUCCUUACGUCGAGAAAAAGGUCAACGGCAACGGAAGCUCCCCUUCGGUUCUAGUACAAACCUUGGCUCCGAAUGCUGGAUCUCCCGAAGACUCGAAAGUCGGCUACGUCGUCGAAGGACGAAACUACCGCAAGUAUCGGGUGGAAGAAAAAACGCCGGAUGGAUUCAUCGUCGGCGAAUACGGCGUGCUAAGCCACAACGAUGGCAAUCUACGAGGCGUUCGCUACACUGCAGAAUCGGACAUCAACCCACGGUUGAUCUACGACGCUCUGCUGAAGUUUCUUUCGCUUUGAGUAAACUGAAGACAACUCUACGCUGCCAAUCAAAGAAAUACUCCGAAACUCACUUCUCGCCGUGCCAUUCGGCUGGCACAAACAGAUUCGUAGACCGAUUCGUGACGGAAUUGAUCAAUCGCUCAGCUUUCCUGAAAGCUGAGCGAAACAAGAAAGCCGAUGCCAUAC